AUGGCAAGAAACAUUGAUAACGCCCGAGAAUCGGUGAGUCAGGUGACUGAGUGUCCGUUCCUUCAGUCAGUUAAGCCUACUUUAAAAGCUGCUGAUCCACGCGUGGUUCAGGAUAUCAUCGGCGACACUGGCAAUAAGCCUUUCAAAUACGACGAGUUUUUUCGACACCAAAUCCACAAGAAGAAGGCGGACCACAGCUAUCGGAUCUUCAAGAAAGUGUCCCGUUUUGCUGAAAAGGUUCCCUUCGCUAAUGAGAUGUCCGACGGAUGCAAACCCAUCACUGUUUGGUGCAGUAAUGACUACUUGGGAAUGACUGCUCACCCAAAAGUCAAACGCUCUGUAAUAGAAGCGGUUGAGAAGUUUGGGUCUGGAAGUGGUGGCACUCGUAAUAUAUCGGGGAAUACUCCACUUCAUGAGGAAUUGGAGAGAGAAUUGGCAGGACUUCAUAAUAAGGAAUCGGCGCUUCUGUUCACUUCAUGUUUUGUGGCCAACGACUCGACUUUGUUUACUUUGGCUAAAGCUCUUCCGAAUUGUCAUAUAUUCUCUGACGCUGGAAAUCACGCGUCUAUGAUCCAGGGAAUUAAAAACAGUGCCGUUCCCAAACAUGUCUUUCGGACCUGUGAUGCCCAACAUCUGCGAGAAAUGCUUCAAUCGGUUGAUUAUUCUUUGCCCAAAAUAGUUGCCUUCGAAACGGUCCACUCAAUGACAGGUGCUAUAAGUCCUGUGGAAGAGCUGUGUGAUGUCGCACAUGAAUAUAAUGCCAUAACCUUUGUGGAUGAAGUUCAUGCUGUGGGUCUGUAUGGCAAGAAUGGGGCCGGAGUUGGACAGAGGGAUGGCGUCAUGGAUAAGAUUGACAUCGUUUCAGGAACUUUGGGAAAGGCAUUUGGAAAUGUCGGCGGAUAUAUAGCUAGCAGUUCAUCUUUGGUCGAUAUGAUCCGUAGUUAUGCGGCCGGCUUUAUAUUCACCACAUCCCUACCCCCUAUCGUACUGUCCGGUGCACUCACUUCCGUUCGAAUAUUAAAGGGCUCUGAGGGACAGAAACUGCGGAAUAGACACCAGGAAAACGUGAAGUACAUGAAGGCUGCGCUCAGAGAUGCGGGUUUGCCUCAGAUGGACAGCGCCAGUCAUAUAAUACCUAUACUUGUGGGCAAUCCCUGGAUGUGUUCGUGGAUUAGUAACGAAAUGCUCACACGAUUUGGUCAUUACGUUCAGGCAAUCAAUUACCCGACUGUCGCAAAAGGACAGGAAAGACUACGCAUCGCACCGACACCUUUCCAUGAGAAGCAUAUGAUCGACAACUUUGUAGACGAUAUGCUGAGUGUGUGGAAGGAUACGGGUCUUCCUCUGUAUCAAGAGCUGUGUAGCGCUAAAAGCUGUCAGUUCUGUAACAAACCGCUCGAUAUAUUAGAUGACGGCCUCCCAUGCGGUGCCCGAGAGGACUGUCCGCAACUGGCCGUUCAGUUAUAAAAUAAAAUAAAAUGCUUUUAAAUAUAG